CUUUUGAAAGCCGGGCGGGUUCCCAUCGCAACGACAGUUGCCGAGGGCUUGUGUUGGCAGGUGGGAAGUUCAGGCGGUCGCGGCGUGUUGUCGGGGGCCACUCGGGACCAAUUUUCAAGACAGCUUUGGCUUGGACGUCUCGUCCCACCGCGCGGCUCCGGACCUUGAGUGAUUAUUACAAUGGAAGAAACCAAUAAUUUCAAGACACCAAGCAGAUUAUCUGAAAAAAAGAAAUCUGCAUUGUGUUUAACUCCAUGCAUAAAUAUUCCUGCCUCUCCGUUUAUGCAGAAGCUUGGCUUUGGUACUGGGGUAAAUGUCUACCUCAUGAAAAGAUCUCCAAGAGGUUUGUCUCAUUCUCCUUGGGCUGUGAAAAAGAUUAAUCCUAGAUGUAAUGAUGAUUAUCAGAGUAUGUAUCAAAAGAGACUAACUGAUGAAGCUAAGAUUUUGAAAAGCCUUAAUCAUCCAAACAUUAUAGGUUACCGUGCCUUCACUAAAGCUAGCGAUGGUAGUCUAUGUCUUGCUAUGGAAUACGGAGGUGAAAAGUCUCUGAAUGACUUAAUAGAAGAACGAAAUAGAGAUAGCCGAGAUCCUUUUCCAGCAGCCAUAAUUUUAAAAGUUGCUUUGAAUAUGGCAAGAGGGUUAAAGUAUUUGCACCAAGACAAGAAACUGCUUCAUGGAGAUAUAAAGUCUUCAAAUGUUGUUAUUAAAGGUGAUUUUGAAACAAUUAAAAUCUGUGAUGUAGGAGUCUCUCUACCAUUGGAUGAAAAUAUGACCGUGACUGACCCUGAGGCCUGUUACAUUGGCACUGAGCCUUGGAAACCUAAGGAAGCUCUGGAGGAGAAUGGUAUUAUUACUGACAAGGCAGACAUAUUCGCCUUUGGCCUUACUCUGUGGGAAAUGAUGACUUUAUCUAUUCCACACAUUAGUCUUCCAGAUGAUGAUGAUGAUGAAGAUAAAACUUUUGAUGAAAGUGACUUUGAUGAUGAAGCAUACUACGCAGCUUUGGGAACUAGGCCACCUGUUAAUAUGGAAGAACUGGAUGAAUCGUACCAGAAAGCAAUUGAGCUCUUCUCUGUGUGCACUAAUGAAGACCCUAAAGAUCGUCCUUCUGCUGCGCACGUAGUUGACGCUUUGGAAAUGGAUGUCCUGUGAUCACCUCAUACACAUGGCUACCGGAGCUUCAAGUAUAGCUUAUCGACUGAUUAACUUUUCUACAUGCCUGGCAUAGCUGGCAGGAUAUCAGAGAUACGCAUCAGAGGGCACCUGGAGUCUACCCGGUACCAGCGCUCGGUACCAGCAUGUGCCCGUUGAGCCCCACAGACUUCUCGGUACUCCUCAGGUGUUCCAGUGAGUUCUCCUGAUAUCUGGAUAUUACUGUUUGAGUGAGGAUCCUGAAAAUUUUAUUUGAGCUGUUUUAAUUAGGCCUUGGGCCUUACAGGGCACCAGUGCAUUUCCUAGGCAGGACACAGAGGCUCUGGGCAAGAGGCCCAGGGAAACAUAGGUGGCUGGGUUUUUGUUAAAUUUGGCUUAAAUUGAAAAAAAUGAGUUGAUAUAUGGUCUGAACAAAACUUUUCCUAGUGAAAUGAGAGACUGAAUUAGUCACCUCUGAAGAAUAAGGAAGACCCGCUACAACCAUUAAAUACUGCUCGUCUGGGGGACGUGACAGAGGAUGAUAAUCUAGUGCUCUGAGCACACAUGGCAGUUUUAGACUGUCACAGGGAGAAACCAAGCCACAUAAAAGAAGUCAAACUGACCCAAGGGUAAGUCCCUGGGGAGCUAGACUCAGAGGCACAGUGUCCUCAGAAAGUUUUUCAAAUUAUAUCUCAUAUCUCAUAUCUGAAUUAGGCUACCAAAUUAAUAGUGGGAAUUGUGCCCCAAUGGCCAAACAGGUCCCAUGCAAACAGCCACCUAUGGGAAUACCAGCUGGGUUUAUGUCUGCUUGCAAGUGCUUAAAUGGGAGCUAAAGGAAAUUGGGCCCUGAAAUGGCCAAGUUGGGGUUCUGCUGGCACUCCAAAACAAUUUUGAGUGCACAGUUAAAGCCAGCAGUCUUCUGGAUCUGUGCCUGCAGGGUCUACUGGAAACAACAGUGGUAAGUGUUUUUCUCUUUUCUAAAAUUAGAUUAGCAGGGAAAAAUUUGUUAGGCUAGCUCCUUGGAUCUUUUGAAUUGGAGAAGCUUCUAAAUUGUUAAAAUUUUAGAGAGCUCUCAUCUUAAAUGAUUUCAAUUAUUUUAAACUAUUUUAAUUGGUAUGUGGAAGUCCCCAAAGGCUUCAAAAUUCUAAAACGUCCUCAUUGAAAGAUUCGUUGUAUAAGGCUGAUGAAAGAUUAAUGAUAUAAAAGGUACCUAAGGGACUUCCCUGGUGGUGCAGUGGUUAAGAAUCCACCUGCCAAUGCAGGGGACAUGGGUUUGAGCCCUGGUCCGGGAAGAUCCCACAUGCCGCGGAGAAACUAAGCCCGUGCGCCACAACUACUGAGCCCGUGCUCUAGAGCCCGAGAGCCACAACUACUGAGGCCCACGUGCCACAACUACUGAAGCCCACACGCCUAGAGCCCGUGCUCCGCAACGAGAAGCCACCGCAAUGAGAAGUCUGCGCACCACAAUGAAGAGUAGCCCCCGUUCACUGCAACUAGAGAAAGCCCGCGUGCAGCAAUGAAGACCCAACGCAGCCAAAAAUAAAUUUAUUAGAAAAAGACUCCAUGCUUCCACUGCAGGGGCACAGGUUCAAUUCCUGGUCUGGGAACUAAGAUCCCACAUACUGCGCAGUGUGGUCGGAAAAAAAAAAGGUACCUAAAACUUUAUUGCUCCUCUCUAUCCUUCUUUGAGUACUCAUUCUAGAAAUCUGUCUGAAUUGCCUUUCCACUCUGAAGACAGUAUUAAAUGGUUACCUUUAGAAAUGGGACCACCUGGUAAACCAUAAUGGAAGAGGAUAGGAAAAAGAAUGUAUAUAUAUGUAAAAAAAAAAAAAAUCGGACCACCUGAGGCUGUAGGCAGUCUCUUCAGAUAGAAAGCUGAACUGAGGGCCAUAGUUAAAGAAUUUCUUAAACCCAGGGAGGAUCCUCAACUGUUUGUAAAUGGAUUACCAAAAUAGGAGGCCACAGGUCUGACUAAACUGACCAUAGCUGAUGUUCAGAGCCUGACAGGAAUUUUAUUUUUGGGGGUGUGGGUGCUUCUCCCCUAAGCUAAAUGAGAGAAAGUAAAACAUCCCAACAUAGGUGAAUGGGUAUGUCAGUCCUUUGCUAUCACUGAGGUGGCCACUCAGUUCUCUGAGGAAUUAAAAGCAACUGUACUUGUUUUACAAAUCUAGUCUUUACAGGACCAGAGGUGUGGCUCCAGAAAUAAUCUAAAAGUGGUAAAUCCUUUUACCACUCCCCAAAUCUCCUCUAUUUAUUUUAAGAGGCUUGUAAGUAUUGAAAAAAAUAAUCUUUUUUCUGGCCUUAAGGGAACAGUCAUCCAAGGAGGAACUUCCCUUUCUCUUCCUAUAUCUUUGAGGUGCAAAUAUUCUACCUGGUUUUCUCCAGGAACCCUUAUGUCCACCAUCUUUUCAAAAUGCAAAUUUCAGGAAAGGGGGAUAGGUAAUUUGGGACUUGAGUUGUCAAGGACAAAUAGAAAUCUUGUAUCAUCUCCAUAAAUAUUAGUAACAGUGUUUAGGCAUCUAGACAGGUGACCUUGGUUUGUUCCAUCAGCCAGAAACCCACCAGUUUGAAUUCAACCUCUUUUGUAACUGAUGAGUUUUAUAUUGCUGCACCUGACUCCGGGCUGAAAUUUUGGAAUGGCAACUAUGAGGUCUGUUUGUGUUUGUGCAUAUCUGUAUAUGUGUGUUGUAGAUGUGUGGUAUUGCCAAAAUUAAUUUGUAAAAGAACUCUAUUUAAUUGGCUUAAAGGAAAUCAAGCACUUGUAUACUCAGAAAUAUAAAAGAAACUGGCCCGAAUGAAUUUCAGGGUCACGUGAUCUGGGAAAUAGUACUGAAUCGAUAUCUGGUAUUGAAGCUAGCUUAAGCUUGUUGGUUUUGUUGCCAAACUCACGUUUGGCUGUUUGAGCUCAAAAACCAAUACUCGAGAGACAAGGGUUGGUUGGAAAAGAAAGGUUGCUUUAUUCAGGAGGCAGCAACCUGGGGAGAAGGUGGACUCCUGUCCAAAAACCAACUUCUAAGACUGCUCCACCAUGAAAGUUUAAAAUUUAAAGGGGGAAUCAUUUGGGAAAGGGGUCAGAAUCUUCGUUAUCAUCCACUGUGUGCAGACUCUUCUGAUUGGUUGGUGGUGAGGUAACAGGGCAGUGUUCCAGGAAUCUUGUGUUCAGCCUGAAGUUACCAUCCUCUACCUGGGUGGUGCCUUAGUUCUUACAGAAGAACUCAAAGGUAUAUUAUUAUGUAUAUUCCUUGAGUAGGAACCAGGACCCUGCACUAUUGUUUCUUGACUGCUCCUCCUUUGUUUCUGCAUUCCCUCCCUUUUCUCAUAAGCAACUAUUUGAAUCUGCCCUUUGGAACUCAAGGAAGGUCACAGAGGCUGAAUGAAGCCUAUUUCCUACAAACAAGAAACAGGGGACAUGGAAAGGAUUUGUACCUGGGAAGGCCCCACUGGAUCCUGCUGGGUUUCAGUUUCAUUAAUAUAGACCUGUCUUUCAAGUCAUCAACAUUAAGUAUAAUACUUUUAUUGUACCUAGCUUGACUAGAAAUCAAGACUGUAUUCCUGUUAGAAAGUUUGUCAACAAGAAAAAUAAUAUAAUGGAAUUUUUAAGUAAAUAAAAUAAGGUAAAUGAGAUAAGAGCUUCUAGGUAAACUCUUUAGGAAUAAUUGUGUUUUGGGAAUAUCUGCUUUAAGGAUAGUAUAUCCAGAUUUGGGUUAUUUGAAACUAAACUAAGUUAAACUAUGAUAAUUCAUUCACUCUCUGGGUCAUUUCAAAUAGGAUAAAAUACUGGAACAUUAACUGCUGGGCAGGUCUAAGAUUACCUACUUUUGUCUUCUUAUGAGAGGGAAACUAAAGAUGUUUGGGUUUGUUUAACACAUAUCUUGCGAAAGUUUUCCAAUCAGGAAGUGCUGGUAUGACAAACAGUACACAAUUACUUACUUCUUGGUUUUCGCUAUAGAUUAAGGUUUUAAGGUUACGAUUUAUAAGGGAAAUAUUUCAGUAUUCAAGGAAAAUGGGAAGCAUGUUUUCAGUAAAAGAAGGUAUGAGGAAUGGAGAUGCAUUUUGUUAAAGGAAAAAAGGAUGGUUUUUGUUCUAGAGCUAGCUGUUUCUGAAUGAAAAAGAAAGUGACAGAGUACUAUGGAUGCAGAAAGUUACGGAAGUGAAACAGGAGGGAAGAGGGCAGGGCACAACCUUUAAAAGAAUGACAUAGCUUGAGGACACGACAUAAACUGAUUAGAACCAUAUAGGUCCAAGAUGGCAGAGUCAACUUCCACUAGACCUUGAGCCUCAGUAUAUGCUCAUUGUAACACAUCAGCAACCUAAAUGACAUACCCACAGGUGCCAUGACAGUUCCAAGGCUGACCAUAAAGAUCAAGAAGUGCGCAGUGGUCCAAUUCCUGGAAAUCCCCACCCCUUCCCCCCAAAUAGCUGGAAUACUCCCACUCAGCCUAUGAAAUUACCCACCCCUAUAAAAACUGACAACCCCAGACCCUGGUGCUGCUCUCGCCUUCGGAGAGGACCCACACUCUGUCUGUGGAGUGUGUUUCCCUCUAAAUAAAUCCACUUCUUACCUAUCACUUUGUCUCUCCCUGAAUUCUUUCUGCGAUGAGACAUCAAGAACCUGAGCUUCAUUAAGUCCUGAGACCAGGUGUGUGAUCUCAGUUAAAAGACCGUGGGUUCAAGUCCUGAUCUGGGUUUUGGCUGUGAAUGGGUAUUGUUUCACAGUGAUGUAUGAUCCUAUUUGACCAGGUGUUUUGAAGCUUUUUGGUAUUUUUGACAAAAUUCCCAAAGAUAAAUUCUAAAUGAAGUUCGUUUGAACUCUAGCUAACUUUGAGGUUUUCCAAAGGGUCCCUGGAACACCUAAAAGUAUUUUUCUCUCCAUCUCAGGGAGAGGAAUAAAUGAAUUAGGCUUAUUUGGUAUGUUAUAUUACAUUAAGUGUUGUCAAAUGAGUGGUGAUAAAACUUCUUAGGUUGUAUUGUAUGGGUAAAUGUUAUUAAUAUAGAUAUUCUAGAAAUUAAUAUGGCACUCCUAAACUUCUGGUAUGUCCUGGUAAGUGAUAUCAGUCAUAAUUCUAGUUAUUAUCUUAAAUUGUUGUAUGUCACAGAGGUACCCCAGUUUAUUUGUCAGCUGCAUUGUAAUCAGGUCUUUAACCUUGACAUUUCAAUGGAAGUUUUUUGUCAUUUAUAGACAGUUAUUUUACUCCGGUGUUUUUGCAAACAUGUUUCAUCUUCAAGAAGAUUCAUAGAAAGGACUUUUUGACAAGUACAGGUUUCUGAUAACCUUCAGAUCAUACUGCUGAACUGGGUAAGAAAUUAAAGAAUUCUACUGGAAAACCUGAUGGCUUCAUAAAACUGUUAACAGAAGAGUAAGAUCAAGGAAGUCACAUAGGACUGAGUGAACUUAUGAGUAUGGUUAUAAUUUUUGGUUUUUAUCUGAAAUAUUACUGGUUUCUAAUCUGUGCUUUCCAGAUUUAAGGAAGCCUUUAAAUUACACUUCUGUUGGUAGAUUUGAAACUUUUACCUUUUCUCUCUACCUGAUCCCUUCAGAAUUUGUAAACUUAGGUUUCCAGCAGCUUUAUCUGGUAAAUAAGGAAGACCACCUCCUAAUGGAUGCAGGAAUCUCAGGAAAUUUGGGGGGAUCUCAAGAAGAGAGAAAUUUGCCCAAAUCUCUAUCACCCAAAUCUAUAGAUCUCACAGACAGAAUGAAUCUAUGACACACCCUUGGUGUGGCUUUGUUGGCCUUGAGAACUUUCUUAAAAAGUUCAAUCUGAGAUUCCUUGUGAAAAAUGUCUUAUCUGGGUAGUAGUUAUGAAGGUGUUUGUGAUAACUCAUUGAACUGUACAUUUUAAAAAAUAAACUUAUAAAGAAGUCUUAGAUUUACAGAAAAGUUGCAAAGACAAUUCCUAUAAACCCCACACCUAGUUUCCCCUAUUGUCAAAAUCUUAACAUUGGUAUAUUUAUCACAAUUACUAAACAAUAUUGAUACGUUACUAUUAACAAGUCCAUACUUUAUUCAGAUUUAUUUUUUACAAAUAUUGAGUAUAGUUCCCUGUGCUAUACAGUAGGUCCUUGGUUACCUAUUUUAUAUACAGUCGUGUGUAUCUGCUAAUCCAAAACUCCUAAUUUAUCCCCAUCCCCACUCCUUUCCCCUUUGGUAACCGUAAGUUUGUGUUCUAUGUCUGUGAGGCUAUUUCUGUUAUGUAAAUAAGUUCAUUUGUAUCGUAUUUUAGAUUCCACAUGUAAGUGAUAUCAUACGGUACUUGUCUUCCUCUGUCUGACUUGUUUUCCUCUGUCUUACUCCACUUAGUAUGAUAAUCACUAGGUCCAUCCAUGUUGCUGAAAAUGACAUUCUUUCUUUCUUUUAUGGCUGAGUAAUAUUCCAUUGUAUAUAUACACACCACAUCUUUAUCCAUUCAUCUGUUGAUGGAAAUUAAGUUGCUUCCAUCUCUUGGCUAUUGUAGAGUGCUGCAAUGAAUAUUGGGGUGCAUGUGUCUUCGAAUUAGAGUUUUCUCCAGAUAUAUGCCCAGGAAUGGGAUUGCAGGAUUAUUUGGUACCUCUGUUUUUAGUUUUUUUAAGGAACCUCCAUACAGCUUUCCAUAGUGGCUGUACUAACUUACAUUCCCACCAGCAGUGUAGGAGGGUUCCCUUUUCUCCACACCCUCUCCAGCAUUUUUUUUUUUUUUUCCCUUGCGGUACGCGGGCCUCUCACUGCCGUGGCCUCUCCCGUCGUGGAGCACAGGCUCCGGACGCGCAGGCUCAGCAGCCAUGGCCCACGGGCCCAACCGCUCCGCGGCGUGUGGGAUCUUCCCGGACCAGGGCACGAACCCGUGUCCCCUGCAUCGGCAGGCGGACUCCCAACCACUUGCGCCACGAGGGAAGCCCUCCAGCAUUUAUUGUUUGUACUUUUUGAUGAUGGCCACAGACCAGUGGGUGAGGCUUAUCUAGCGGCUUGUACAGGCUUCCUGGUGGGAGGGGCCGGUGCCUGCCCACUGGUGGCUAAAGCUGGGUGUGGUUCCUCUGGUGAGCUGGGACCUGUCUCCUGGGGAGGUGUCUGCAGGAGGCUGUGUGCUCUUUAGUCUUUAGGCAGCCUGGGGCUGUGACUCCACCCAGUUAGUUUGGCCUGAGGCUCCCAGCACUGGAGCCUGCAGGCCGUUGUGCGGGGUCGGGUCUUGUUGCUAGUGAGUCAAUGUGGCAGCCACCAAGUGCGUCCCCAAGGUUGGAGUUUCCCCCAUAUGUCUGCCAGCAGUGUCUCUGUCCCCAGCAUGAGCUGCAGCCCCCCCCCCCCCCCAACCCCGGGAGACUCUCCGAGACCAGCAGGUAGGUGUGGCCCAGGCUCGUAUCAAAUUACUGCUUUCACCCUGUCUCCCGGUGUGCCUGAGAUUUUGUUUGCACCCUUUAAGCUUGAAGCCUCUAUUUCCCCCAGUCCCAUGGGGCUCCUACAGUUAAGCCCUGCUGGCCUUCAAAGCCACCUGCUCUGGAGGCUUGUCUUGACGUGGGGCUCAAAACUGCCACGUCUGUGGGAAAACCUUGCUAUAUUAUUCUUCUCCAUUUUGUACGUCGCCCACCCACGGGGUAUGGGGUUUGAUUGUACUGAGUCUGCCCCUCCUACCCAACUUGUUGUGGUUCCUUCUUUAUGUCUUUAGUUUUAGACCUUUUCUGGUAGGUUCCAGUUUUUUUCAUUGAUGGUUUCUUCAUUGAUGGCCAACAGGCACAUGAAAAGAUGCUCAACACUGCUGAUUAUCAGAGAAAUGCAAAUCAAAACUACAAUGAGAUAUUACCUCACCGUUCAGAAUGGCCAUCAUCAAAACAUUUACAAAUAAUAAAUGCUGGAGAGGGUGUGGAGAAAAGGGAACCCUCCUACACUGUAGGUGGGAAUGUAAAUUGAUGUGGCCACUGUGAACAGUGUGGAGCAUCCUUAAAAAACUGAAAGUAGAGUUACCACAUGAUCCAGCAGUCGCAUGCCUGGGCAUAUAUCCAGAAAAGACAAAAACUCUAAUUCAAAAAGAUGCAUGCACCCUAAUGUUCAUUGCAGUACUACUUACAAUAGCCAAGACAUGGAAGCAACCUAAAUGUCCAUCAACAGAUGAAUGGAUAAAGAUGUGGUACAUCUCAGCCAUAAAAAAAAGAAUGAAAUGAAAUAAUGCCAUUUGCAGCAACAUGGAUGGACCUUGAGAUUAUCAUACUAAGUGAAGUAAGUCAGACAAUGACAAAUAUCAUUUAUAUGUGGAGUCUAAAAAAAUGAUACAAAUGAACAAAUGUUACAAAACAGAAACAGACUUACAUGGCAUACAAAUUUAUAGUUACCAAAGGGGAAAGGUGGGGGGGAUAAAGUAGAAAUUUGGGAUUAACAGAUACAUAUUCCUAUAUAUAAAAUAAACAACAAGGACCUAAUGUAUAGCACAGGGAACUAUAUUCAAUAUCUUAUAAUAGUCUAUAAUGGAAAAGAACCUGAAAAAGAAUAUAUGACUGAAUAUAUAUAUAUGUAUAUAUAUGCAUAAACUGAAUCACUUUGCUAUAUACCUGAAACAUUGUAAAUCAACUGUACUUAAGUAAAAUAAAUAAAAUGGAAAAAAAAGGUUUAAAAAAAUGUAAUGAGAAGUGGUCAACAUGUAGAUUAUUUUAGAAUUUUUUUUCAUAUUGCAGAACCAGCGAUACUUCUGUGUGGCAAAAAUAAAUAGAAAUUAUAUUUUAGAAACAGACUUCUAAUCAAAAUAAAAUUAUAAAAAAAUAAAGUUGGGAGGCCAGAAGGGGGAGCUCUCUGCCCUAUGAAGAUAGCAGAGCACAAGAGGAAGCUGACAUUUUCUUGCCUGGCUAGAGCUCAGCCAAUGAGAGACUGUCACAACUCAGCCAAUGAUAAGUGCGGGACUCUUUGUUUACUCUUGCCCUCUCAACUUCCUCUUCCUCUCUGUAAAAGAGUUCCCUCAAUUUUUUGCUGAGGACUUGAACGUGGUCAACUUGGUUACAGACCCUGAAUUGUAAUUCUUUGCUAAUCUCGAAUAAACCCAUUUUUGAUGGAGAAAUAACUGGCAGUCUAUUUGUUUUAUGUCAACAGCUGCUAUAAAUAUCUGUGUGCAGGUUUUUGUGUGGAUAUAGUUUUCAAUGAUUAUUUUUCAUAGAGAGCAUGUACUAUUUUUAUAACCACAAACUGUAAUUUAAAAUGAAAAUCAGUACAUUCAACUGAAUAAAAUAUUGAAAAGAACUUUAAUUGAUUCAUCAUAAAGGCAUUGAGCAAAAUAAUGUUAAUAAAAUUUUUAAAAUAAAAUAUUUAAGACAA